AUGGCAGUCAACUCCGAUCUCAAAGUCUCAACACUACUCCCAGAAUCUCCCAACCACGAAAAUGAAAUACCAAACAAUCUCAAAGACAUUUCAGCUUCAAUUUCAUCCAGCGACCUCGAAAAAGCCACACCAAACACCACCGAAACUCUAUCAAUAGAACCAAACCUCGUAACAUGGACCUCCCCAACCGACCCCCGGAACCCCAAAAACUGGCCUAAGACCUCGAAAUGGCUCGUCACCGGCAUCGUCUCCCUCUUCCUCUUCGUUACCAUCAUGUGUUCGACCGUCAUCUCGCCCGCUCUGCCCGCCAUCGGCGCCGAUCUGCACAUCGAGAAUGACGCGGAGCUACAAACUGCCAUGUCGAUUUACGUGCUCGGUUACGCAUUUGGACCGCUCUUUCUGGCACCGCUAUCUGAGCUCUAUGGUCGUGUAAGGGUGCUUCAGUUGUCGAAUGUGUAUUUUGUUAUCUGGUCUGUGGUGUGUGGGUUUGCGAGGACGAAGGAGCAGAUGAUUGUUGCGAGGUUUAUGGCGGGGAUUGGGUCGAGUGCUCCGUUGGGUAUUGGUGGAGGUAUUCUUUCGGAUGUCUGGCAUGCUGCGGAAAGGGGUCAGUCGACUGCACUUUACAGUUUUCUGCCACUACUUGCUCCAGCUUUUGGACCGCUUAUUGGAGGAUUCAUUUCUCAAAACCUCAACUGGUCAUGGUCCUUCUGGAUCAUGGCAAUCGUAACAACCCCACCCAUCAUCCUCUCUUUCUUCGUAUUCCGCGAAACCUACGCCCCAGUAAUCCUGCACCGACUGGCCGCAAAACUUCGAAAAGAAACCGGAAAUCAUGAUCUCUACACCAUCUACGACAAAGAGCGACCUAGUCUCCCAACCCGUCUAAGAAUCGCCCUUACCCGUCCAACCCUCAUGCUAUUCCAGCAACCCAUCAUCCAGGUCUGGGCUCUCUUCGGCGCCUAUUCGUUUGGACUUCUCUAUAUAGUCCUCACCACUUUCCCUACCUUAUGGAUCGAUCAAUACGGACAAUCGCCAUCAGAAGCAGGACUCCAAUGUCUGUGGUUAGGCCUGGGAUUCACGACUGGAAUCUGUAUCGGUGGCAUCUUUCAAGACAGAAUUUACGUCUAUCUCCGAAAACGCUACCUCCAAACUUCAGAAGAAAUAACGCAUCCUCCUGUAGCCGAACACCGGCUUCCACUUAUGAUACCAUCAGUGUUGUUCAUGUCCAUAGGUUUGAUCAUCUACGGGUGGACGGCUCGCGCCCAUACCCAUUGGGUAGGUCCCGGUAUUGGUAGUGUUAUAUAUACUACUGGCUACGAGAUUUUUGCACAGUGCAGCGUAGCGUACAUUAUUGAUGCAUUUCCAGUACACACGGCUAGUGCCUUGGCCGCUGUUAGUGUUAGCAAAAGCGUUGCUGGUUUUGCGUUCCCGUUGUUUGCGCCUGCUUUGUAUAACGCUCUAGGCUGGGGCUAUGGGAAUACAGUUUUGGCGGCCGUAGCGUUUGGAUUGGGGAUGCCGGUCAUUUGUGGAUUGUGGGCUUGGGGUAGGAAGGUUAGAGAUGUCAGCUGGGGUAAAAAGAGGGUGUGA